AGAACGGACCGAGACCGAUCAGGGUGAUUUGUCCGAAGCGAGACGACGUGCAUUGCGGCGUUGCCGUCAAAGUGGUGAACCGAACGAAUCAACAGACGGGCAGACAGACAGACGGACGGAUGGACAGGCCGGCACCGGCCACCAGGAUUGUCAUCGAUCGCGCGGGAGGAGCGGUACCGCGGCUCAUACUCGGUGGUCGUGCAAUCGACCAGGAAUCGUUUGCGCGCGAGGGAAACGCUCGGUCUCGUCUAGUAAGUUCGCAGCUGAUAACUGACAAUUGACGGAACCUACGGGCGUCCGAGAGCGUAAUCGAGGGUGCGAUUAGUUCGUAUCCGCGGACAGUUUGACGUGGAGAGGACGAAGAGAACAUUAUGUUGAAGCUAAGGAGUUGGAGCUUAGAUCGAUAAUCGAAAGAUCGCGAGGCCGACGAGGAGAGAACGUGAGCCGGGUCCAGAGGACCAGCCGGAGGAGAGGAUCAGCCGUAAUUCACGCCGGAGGAAGGAUGAUGCGCGCGUCUCGCGCGCGAACAAACCUGUCGACGGGAAUCCGUGGUGCUGUGCGAUCGCGAGGGUGUCCCAGGAACACGUCUACGAUCCUCAAGCGGAUCUCUGAUCGAUCCUAUCGAUCGUAAUGCAAGUUUCGCUCGGAGGCAACGGCAGAGAGGCGUCUCCGGAAGCGAUAGAUACCUCCUCAAGGGACGACGUGCGAUCGUGCGACCUCGGGGAGUGGCGUCGAUUGCCCUCUUACGAUCUACGUCUUGCCCAUCGAUCUUCCAGGCCGCGAGAUAACUGACCGCACGCGCGCAAUAACGAUCAACUGCAGCACGCGCUGCACGCUGUUGUGUAUUUUAUUACACGCCGAGCGUGUAACGAAGCGAGAGAGAAGCUGCUUCGAUCCAGGGAGAAUUUGCUGCGGGGUGGGCAUUAAUAAUUCCAGCGGCGCUAAUUAGCCGCGUUCCGAUGCUGGUGCUUGCGAGGAUCGGCAGAAGACGCGACCGGGAUCAUCUCGGCGUCGAUAAUGGCAGGAACAAUGCAGAAGAUCGCGGUGAUGACCACGGCGCAGAGAGUCCUUGUCCAUCACAACAGCAGCAGCAGCAGCAAUCCUUCCGGGGACGCGAGCAACGCCCUGACCGAGUAUAACGGCUCGUCUUCGUCGUCGUCGGACAGCAAGAGCGGCCGCUUUGAUGCCGAUCUGCAUGGCAAUGUUAACAUUCUUCUUGGUGGCGCCAUGAUCAGCGGUGUGAUCAUGAUGGUGGUGCUCAUAUGCUACUGCUGCCACAAGAACGUCCGGAAGCAUCGACCGCAAGAGUAUUCGCAGUACUGGAGGGCUGAGCCAGACGUCCACAGCUUGGAGGUAUUCACCAUGGAUGCGCACGCCAUGCAAUGCCUCGAGAGACCGGCGGGAACCCAAGCCCAUCAGGAAGAGGGAGCGCCUUUGUCACUUCCGGUCCGCAUGGGUCCCGUGACCUCGGGCCCGCCGCCGGCCUACGAGAGCCUAAUUUUCGGCCCGCGGUCGUUGCCAUCACCGAUCGACAAGAAAGACGAGUCCGACAAUCCUGACGGCAUUAUCACGAGCCCAGUGAACAGCCCGCCCAGCGAAUCGGAGACCAACAGGAUCAACAAACAGGAGGAGAUCCCAAGGGACGAUCAGGACCUACCCUCUUACGAGGCAGCCCUAAAAUUGGAGGCCGAUGGCUACGUCUAAGGAACGAAGGCACGAAGGACGGAACUGCUUCCCUCGACCAUGAAUCCGUGACCGUGAAAGCCGACCCGAGGAUGAAACACCGUGUCAUGGGCAUUAGGAUAGAAUUCCAUGGUCAUCUCGUGAUAGACAGCUGUCGAUAGGCUGAGGUCGAUCUUGACGCGGAAGCGCCAGUGAAAGUUGUCGUUCCUGACAGCGUGAGGCGCGAGCGUCGAGAUUGAUUCUCUUGAUCGAGGACAGCGGAGGAGAAUAAUGAUUGCGUGAACCGGGAGAACGGCGUGCGAAAUCUCGAGCGAGGAAAUCUCUCUGGAAAAUCCUGAAAGCAAGUGCUUUCCUGCAUGUUCGAUCUGCGACGAGAAAUGAUUUUUAAAGAUUUUUUGUAAGAAGAAUUGUAAGAGAGGAGAAAUUUCCUUUUAGAAUCCAGCUCGGAAUGAGGAACAAAAAUAGGGGCAUCGCGCGUUGUAUCAGGAAUCUGGGAUAUUUUCUCUACGACAGAAUUCCGAGCGAUCCAGAAUUAUCGAGGAAAUGACACGGAACAAUCGAAAGGCCGAGGAAAGGCCGUAAAAAAAAUAAGUGCCUGAAUCCAUCGAACUUGGGUGAACAAUGGACGGGAUGAAAGGAGAAAAGCGGCGAGGCGGAAAUCUUUCCGAAAUUACACGCUGUUUCUCCUUCUAUCUCAUCCGAGCGAAACAAUACGUAGAACUUGCGCGAGCGCCUUUUCAUCGACGAUGACACGAUGAGAAAAUUUUCGAAACCUGCGAUACUUUUCUAUUAUAUAUUUUUCGACAAUCUCUACGAAUACAAAUAAAUGCGUUAGAUGUUAAACAUCGCGUCGAUAUUCGAGAUGUAUUAUAAAACACGCAUAAGAACACGCACGUCCACUUAAGUACCAUGUAAGCACUCUUAAGUAUUAUGUAACACGCGUUGUAAAACCUGCAUCGGACAUUGCAGAGUGUAACUUGAAGAUUCGGCGAUUUGACACCGAAUUAUAGUAGGCAAUUCGCUCGAGUUUUCGAUCGAUUUCGAUCCCAAUCUCCAAUUCGCACUCUGAGUGUCCUGCGUGCAGCCUGAUCCAGGCUCAAGGAUAAAGUGAAUUCAGCACGCGGAAACGCGGUACGUACAAUAAUUAAGCGGCGAGCGGGCCGACCUAAUUCCGCGAGUAAUUACGUUUUAUAGGCACUAAGGAAUUCGUAACGGCAAUUUUUUCCCGUUGGUUAUUAGUUUAACAAACGCAGGAGUGUGCAGCGGACACAACGCGGCACCGUUACACAGUAGAGUUUACCGUUUGCAUAAACAAUAUGCAUCGCCAUAACGUGAAUGAUACUCGGCGUAAUGGCACGUGACAUCGCAAAGAUGCGGCCGGAGAACGCUCCGGAGCGUUUUAUCCAUUUUACGUAGGAACUUUCCUUUCCGUAUGAUGGAUGAAUAUGUAAAUAAAGGACGGCAUUAUGUACAUUCAAUAUGCAUUUUCGUUUUACUCAAACGAGUUUUUAUUAUUAACGUCGGCUGAAACGACGUACUGUGCAGCGAGCAUUGUCGAUUCGUCUCGCUUGUAAUAUCGCGCGCGCUAAUUCGCAAAUAAGAACUCGUAAGUUUCUGUUAAUUGCAACUUUGACGGAUGAUAAUUAGCGUUGUUAAGGAGAGCCGAUAGCCCUGUACAAAUAAUAACUUGUGUAUGAAUAAUCAUUUCGCCUCGCGCGCAAUUAGGUAGCCGAAUCGUGAGAUUAUUCCGUCGGUUUACCGGCGAACGUCUUAAUUACGAUGGCAAUAAUAAUUAGUUGCAACAACACAGUGUUGUACGAAAGCGAUAACCUCGUUAUCGGAGAGAAAAAUAUUUAUUCGAAAAGUCGUUUUAUCGAACGAAUUGACUAACCGCGAUAAAAUGCGAGAGUCGACACGAUUCUAAAAUAAGCUGUCCACUAUAUUUUGCAAAAUGUCACAGUGGCACCGUCAAAAUGAUCUUUUUUUGGUCGCUGCUGAUCAAAACUUGACGAAAAUAUGCACUAUUUUAUUCCCCGCGAUCUCUUAAUAUUAGAAAUAUUAUUGAUGAUUAACAUUAUGGGAUCUAUUGGUGCCUUCCUGUUGAGAACAGAUUGUGCUCAGAGAUAGGAUGAAAUUAUGAUUAAAUUUAUUAUUCAAGUCUGGGGUUUCACCUCUGUGAAAGUUAGUACAAAAAAGUGGAACGUCCUACAUUUAUGUAUAAUAAAUUAGUUCAUGUGA